CCUCCCGUCCCGCCUGGCCGCCGGGGCCCGCUCCCGCCGUGACGUGUGUCCCGCGGCGGGGCGGGCAGAGCGGAGGGAAGCUGGUGGAUUCGGCGGAAUCACGUGGCGCGGUCCCUGCUGGCGGGCGGGACGGUGGCCGGGAGGGUUUCCCGGGCAACCGCGCCGCCGGCGAGCGGGGCGGCCGGGCUGAGCGGGGCCCGGCGCGGUGCAGGUGCGCGCCCGGGGCAGCGCUGGCUCCGAGCCGCGUCCUCUUCCCUUCCCCGCUGCUCCCCGGGGCGCCCGGCGGGCCCUGGAGCCGAGCCCCGCCCGCCCGAGCCCCCGCGCUGCCGUGCGCCCGCCGUGCGUGUGCUCCAGGGAGAGCCGGAGGAGGAUCGGGUCACGGCUGGGAUGAGACAGAGAGAUACUGUCCAAAUGCUUACAUAAGGAUAUCGUGCUCAAUUCAACGCCUGGGCAGUCUGCUGUAUAACUUUUCUCUUUUUUUUAACUGCCAAAGCCGAAGUGUCGGGUGGUCUAUGGAUGGAUAAGGAGUGAAAGCAGGAAACAGUUGUCACAACUCGCCUGUCAAAAUCAAUUUACUAGUUUUUAGACUCAGUUGUUUGGAAGGUAAAAAUCAAGCUGCAAAUUAUGGCUCAUCGAUUUUCAAAGGAAGAAUUAGAUGAGCAGUUUGAAGAGUUUCUGAAAGAGUCUCUUUCAGAUGAUUCACUUGGAAAUUCAAAGAAAAAGUCCAGCAUUCUUGAGAAAUUGGGACAGCCUAGGAAAAAAGAAAAGAAGAAAAAGGAUUCAGUGCCAUGGUGGUUGUCUGAGGAAGAUUCAGAUGAUGGUGAAGUAGUUCCCUCUAAAUCUUCCAGUGCAUCUUACAGCAAGGCUUUGUGUAAAUCCAAAAUGUUGGAAAAAUUUCAUAAGGACAAGAAAGAUUCAUCCUUAAAUAAAGAAGAAGGAGCCCUCGCUUCUGACAGUCAAGACAAUUCUGAGGGAAUGCUUGAAGGCAAUGGAAACUUUGUCAAGAUGCAGAACACUUCACAGCCUGUGGGAGAAAAUCAUGAAGAUAUGGAUGUGGAAAAGAUGCAGCUUCAGAAAAGUAAUGGAGAUGCUGUCUCUUUGAGUAGAGACAGCCUGGAAACAAAUGAUUCAGUUUUAGCUUCUGAGCCUAAUCAAAGCAUCACAGGAGUUGGAUUGGAUACCUUGGAAGAACAAGAAGAAAAAGAGAUCUUCUUUGCCAAGCUUGAACGAGAAGCUUCCUCUACUAUUGAUUAUUCAAGAUUAAAUAAAGAGCUGGAUUCCAAUGAUUCUGUCAUACUAGCACCAUUUGUACGAAAUGAAAAUGCUGAAAAAGAAGAAGAACCUGCACAUGAAGAGAAAUCUGGUAGCUACAGUGAAGAUUUUGAAGAAGAAACAGAUUCAAAUCCUGCCCUUAAAACUGAGGGAGAUCAGGUGAAUCAGAACAUCGUGUCAGAAGUUGAUUUAAGUCCUCAAGAACAGGAAGAAGCAAACACUGGCAUGCUGGCUAAAGUUGUGUUGCUUGAUUCACAAGAUUCUACUGUAGAACUUCACAAGGCCAUUGAAACAUUGGACGUAGCUCCAGGUGAACAUGACCAGCCUGAAGAAGUCAGUGCAGUUGAAAUGAAUGAAGCAGGUGCUUCCUAUGGCCAAAGCAGCAGUGACAUGGAAGCGCUACAGCAGGCAUAUCGUCAUGUUGGUCAGUCUUUGGGGGACACUGACGAGCAGAAGCUGCACAAUUCUGCAGUGGCACUCUCAGAAUGCUUAGGGCAAAGCAUUUCACAGAAUAAUGACAUCUAUGCCAAAAAUGUGUCAACUGUUGAUUCAGAUUUACCUACUGUGGAAGAAUUGAUGAGAACAAUUAAAGGACAUACAUGUAAUAUCAGAAAUUUUGAUGUGGACCAUGAAAGUCCUGUGAAACUGGUAGGCAGCACAGAAAAUGACCUCAUUAGCCACUCACCCUUUGAAGACCCCCAGAGUAAUAAUAUAGCUCGAGAGAAAAACUUAGUUGAAAAGUUUAACAGAGAAGAAAGCAUCUUUCUACGGACAAGUAUGAAUGAUGAUAACUUUCAGAGGAUGACUGAGAAAGAAAUUCAGACCAGUGAAGUACAGCCUGAUAUACUAAGAGAAAAAAAAGGAAAAGACUCUCUGCUUUCACAAGGAAGCAAAACUAAAAAAGCUCUUCGGUCUUGUUCCUUGAAGAAUGAAAGAUCAGGAUCAAUGACAACCAAACCAAUGUCACAUAAGAAUAUCAGAAGUCCAGCAACUGUACAUAAAAAGAAGCCUUCACAUGGUCCUCAUGGACUGGUUAGAAGUUCUGGCUAUGGGAAACCCAGUUUAAUUUCAAAGCAAUCUUUUCCAGUUAAUGAAAAGAAAACACCAAAAGAAACUUUCAAAAAUACCUGUAUGCAAGCCAAAAGUCCUGCAGAUAGAGCAAAAUCUAAAGAAGCCUUGUUUGCAACUAGGAUAAUAAGAUCUGCAGCAAAUGAACCAACUUUGGAGGGCAGUAUUAACAGAGUUUUGUCUGGCCAAUCAGUUGUUAGUAAUCUUGGACACCAGGCUGUGGAUUAUAACAGGCAACAUCCUCAUGACUUAUCAUAUUCCCCUUUCAAAAGCUGUGAUAGAGAACUGUAUUUGUUAAAGCGAGUACAAGCAGCAGAGGAGGACCUGAACACAGCUCGGGAUUUAGUUCAGCAGCUGAGCAGCAAGCUUUCACAGAAAGAGAAGGAGAUGGAGGCCAAGGUAGUGGAACUGAAAACACAGCAUGAGAAGGAGCUUUCCCGUCUGGGUCAGGAAAACUAUGUUCUUCAGAGUAAGUUAAAAAAUAUGGAAGAGAUGACCCAAGAAAAGAGGUGGGCUCAUGCAGCAACAAUUCCUGUAACUGAGGAAAAACUGGCACAAAUACAAAAAGAGAUUGAAAAUCAAGAGGUCAUUAUUCAAGGUUAUCAACAGGAAAAUGAGAAGUUAUACAAACAAAUGAAAGAGUUACAAAUCCAAAACAAAAAAAAUGAGGAACAAAUGUUUAAGGAGAAUCAGUGCUUAAAGUCUGAAUUAAUACACUUAAGAGAAAAGAUAGAGAAGACUAAUAACCACUUACGAGUCAUGCAGGAUUCUGAACCAGCCAGAAAUCAGAGUUUCACAGAAUUGAUUUCAGAGCUUCGAGCAGCACAGAAAGAAGAAGCUAAAUUACAAGAAGAGAUAAGACGUCUAAAACAAGAUAAGCAAGCUCUCGAGGUAGACUUGGUAAAAGCCAAGAAAGAGAGAGAUUUAGCGAAAGUCCAGAUUGCAUCUGCAUCAAGUGACAAGUCUUAUGAAUUUAAAGUUAUGGAAGAAUCAUACAAACAGGAGAUUACUCAUUUAAAAAAAAGACUUCAGUGGUAUGCAGAAAAUCAAGAUCUUCUGGAUAAAGACGCAGCCCGUCUUAAAGAUGCAAGAGAAGAAAUUGAGAAACUAAGACUAGAGGUUGAGAAGCUCAGAGCUGAAGCAGGAGAUCAGUGUGUGCAACAGAAGAAACGUUUACGAGACAGAGCAGCAGAUGCUAAAAGAAUUCAGGAUCUUGAGCGACAAAUCAGAGAAAUGGAAGGAAUUAUAAAAAGAAGGUAUCCAAAUUCUUUGCCUGCUUUGAUUUAUGCUGCUGCUGCUGCUGAGAAAAUGAAUGAUCCUUCAGCUAAAACAAACACAGUUGAAUUUUUGGAGAAAAGAAUAAAGAAAUUAGAAACAGAACUUGAAGGUAAAGACGAUGAAGCCAAGAAAAGCCUCCGUGCCAUGGAACAACAGUUUCAAAAAAUAAAGAUACAGUAUGAACAAAGACUUGCAGAGCUUGAGCAACUACUUGCCUAUGAAUUUAUGAAUGAAACACCAAAACUGAAUGGUGAUAAAGCCACUUCUACAGAACUUGAACAGGAGCUUCAGAAUCUAAAAAAGACCCAUCAGAUCACUGUUGAAAACCUCCAAACAGAAAUUGAAAAUCUUAAAAGCCAAAAUUCUCAAUUAAAACUCAGAAGUAAAAACGAUAAUAAAGAUGUGGAGUCCAUGGACUCUAAGAUGAAACAAGGUAACACAAAAGACCGGUUGUUAAAACUAAAUGAAGAAUUGGUGACCAAAAAUAGAGAAAUACAAGACCUCACAAAAACUGUAGAGAAACUUCAAAAAGAAAGGAUGGUGAUGUUGUCUGAUAAUAAUUUGAGACAUAAAACAAAUACUAAUGAAAACUCUGUAGAGGUCUUGAAAAAGAAUACCUCAGCAACAGAUGGAAGGAAUUCUAAUAACACUGAACCCUGUCUAAGCAUUUUCAAUGAUGACAAAAUACACCAACCACAUACCUUUUCUGAUUCUCAUCUCGCUGAAGUUCUGCAAGAAAAUGCACAUUUGAAAGAGGAGCUGGAGAGAUUGUCCCUAGAAAUGAGCCAGCAGCGGGUGAAGUCUCAAGCAGCACUGGCUUAUUCUGAAAGUAACAUACGAAGGAUCCAGGAAGACACAGCAGAAUACAUUACGUCUCUGAAAGCUUCCCACCAGAGGGAAGUCGAGAAGAUUGUUUGCCAGCAUGCAAAGGAACAUUCUACCUCUAAAGUAGCUGAACUAAAGAACAGAAUUUCAACACAGGAGAUAUUAAUAAAACAUCUUCAAGAACAACUUGGUGAACAAGAGAGACGUCAGGAAGCUCUUUUAGUUUCACAGAUAAGAGAGCAACUCCUACAAAAAGAGGUGACAAAAUUGUUGGAAGAACUGAGAGAGGCUAGGGAGAGCCAGAGUCCUGAAAUGAAACAUUUCUUGAGCCUGGAAAAGAAAAUCAAGCAUAUAGAGAGCAGAUACGCAGAAAGAGAGCAUGAAAUUCUAAAGGCAACCCAGCUAACACAGCACGUUUCUGAAGUAAGGCAAACCCAGGAGGCUGAGAAGUGGCGAAGGCUGGCACUGCAGAAGAACCAGGAACUGGAGAAAUUUCGAAUAGAAUUGGAUUCAAUACUAGAUGUGUUACGUGAACUGCAGAAACAAGGGGUUGUUAUUCCUGCACCUGAUUCCAGUGGACUCAGAGUGACAGACAGCUAUUGGAAAACAUGAUUAGGCGGUAGUUAAGUAGAGUAGCAGAAUUUUAAUAUUCAAUGUUAUGUAUAGAAAAUGUUAUUGAAAAUCAUUAUUGUAAUGUGUAUAAAUUGCAUUGCAUUCUGAUCUGCUCUGGAAUCUCUCAUGCCCAGAGGCAAUUUGCAUUGAGCAAUACUCUAGUGAUACUGUAUGUCUUCUAUUUUAUUAGUAAUAAAUUUACAUAUUUUUUUAAAUAA